CAGAGAUCAAAAUGGAGAUGGGGGAGGGUGCUCUCUGGUGUCUCUUCUUGUAAGGGCACUAAUCCUAUCAUGAGGGCCCUACCCUCAUGACCUCAUCUAAAGCUUAUUACCUUCCAAAGUCUCCAGUCUCCAAAUACCAUAACAUUGGGCAUUAGGGCUUCAGCAUAGGAAUUUUGGAUGGACACAAAUAGUCCACAACAUUGUCAUAAAGAGUUUCUGUUACCUGCCAUUUUUUUUCUCCAAUGUGUUGGCCAUACUUUCCUAUUACUUUGGAUGUCUAAGAAUUUUUUGUUGGAAACUAUAUACUUUAAAUAAUACAUUGUAGCAACUCUGGGUACUGGUCUACCCUCUAGACCUUGUUAUUUUGGUUUUUUUUGUUUAGUUAGCAUAUGGAUUAGUUUAGAGAGGUCUGCCCUUGAUCCAAGACCACCAGAAGGAGAAGGCUCUGGUGAUGCUUGUGAAGUGGUGCAGCUUUGGAUAUGCCAACAGUCACCUUGGGAUGACAGUGGUUUUCACAGGGUUCUCCUUUUGUCUUUCCAUAGCCAUCUCUAACUGCUAAGUUCCACUAAUUGUCAGCUGAUUGCUCUACUGUUUUCAACAAAGCCCUGGGCCAUAAACCUCUCCACAGACGGAUCCCAUAAAAUUCAGAAAGGAGGGUUCCCCAGGAUGAUCAGGAUGAAGUGAACCAGAACUACUUAGCAGAUGAAGCAGCAGCAGCAGAAGAGGCUCGGGUGAUGAUGGCACCCAAUUUGGAGGAGGAGGAAGAAGACAAGGAAGAGAGAGAAGAGGAAGAAAAGGAAGAAGAAGAGGGUCAGGGUGAGCCAACAGGCAAUGCCUGGUGGCAGAAAUUACAGAUCGUAACUGAAUACUUGUGGGAUCCGGAGAAAAGGAUGUCUCUGGCCCGAACAGGUCAGAGUUGGAGCCUGAUCUUAGUCAUUUACUUCUUCUUCUAUGCCUCGCUGGCUGCUGUGAUCACCCUCUGCAUGUACACGCUAUUUCUGACCAUCAGUCCUUACAUGCCGACCUUCACUGAGAGGGUGAAACCUCCUGGAGUUAUGAUCAGACCCUUCGCCCAUAGCCUUAACUUCAACUUCAACGUUUCUGAACCUGACACUUGGCAGCAUUAUGUGAUUAGCCUAAAUGGCUUUCUCCAGGGUUACAAUGACAGUCUUCAAGAGGAAAUGAAUGUCGAUUGUCCCCCGGGGCAGUACUUCAUCCAAGAGGGUAAUGAGGAUGAGGACAAGAAGGCCUGCCAAUUUAAACGCUCCUUCCUGAAGAACUGCUCUGGCCUGGAGGACCCAACUUUUGGCUACUCUACUGGACAGCCCUGCAUCCUUCUAAAGAUGAACCGGAUUGUAGGCUUUCGUCCUGAGCUUGGAGAUCCUGUGAAGGUUUCUUGCAAAGUUCAGAGAGGUGAUGAAAACGACAUUCGAUCCAUCAAUUACUACCCAGAGUCGGCUUCUUUUGACCUCCGCUACUACCCUUACUACGGCAAACUGACUCAUGUUAACUACACCUCCCCGCUGGUGGCAAUGCACUUCACAGAUGUGGUGAAGAACCAGGCAGUGCCCGUGCAGUGCCAACUGAGGGGCAAAGGCAUCAUAAAUGACAUCAUCAAUGAUCAUUUUGUGGGUAGGGUAAUCUUUACUUUGAACAUAGAAACCUAAGAACUUCAGGGAGCCACUCCUACUAGUUCUGUUUCAGUUUUAUUUCAUGUUACCCCUGGUAGCACCUGAACUCUUUUUCUUCAAUCAGGACACAGCCAGAUGGAAACCUAAGACAGCAGAUCAUCUUUCCUUGCCUUUGACAUAUGCAUAAAAUGGCAUUGGUGGGAGCUGUUUGAUUUUUUAAAGGUAGUCUGUUCUGAUGACAAAUAGAUUUUAUUAAUUUCCUUUCCCCCCACCUAAAACUAAAACUCAUUCUUGCUUGUAGAAGCCUCACUGUAGUAUAAACAUAGUAUCCGAUAAAAUUAACAAUGGCUACAAAGGAGAAUUUCUAUGAUGAUUUUAAGUUCAUUGUGUUCUAAAAUGUUGUUGUUUUUAGAGGUGAGAUUCCUCCCAACCAGGCUAACUAACCUGUUUUUAAACCUGCUGGCAAGGUCCCUCCCUAGCAAUCACCUAUCAGACCAACCCAGAAUACACCUAGGGCUGCCAUAUCGAGGGAACUCUAUAUAUCCAGGGAUGCUUGAGAAACUGCCUGCCUCUCCUGGGAAACUAAAUAUUGAUUUAAAGACUAGGUUAUCUUCCACUGGGACAGCAAGCAAUGCUAACUGGAUAUUGUUCUAGGAUAGAGAUGAAGACCUUUCCUAUGACGUUUUUUUGGGAGGUGGGGCCCACUGAAACUGGGGAGAAUACCUACCAUGUAGAUGUGAUUGGUAUUUGAUUCCUUGCUCUGUGGUGUGACCGUCUAAAGGCAAACAUUCCUGCAAAUAGGUUUGUCGCAGCUUCAGGCAGAGGCGAAACAAGGAAGAAUAUUCUACCAGCUAAUUCUUUCUGGGCUGUUUGUUUAAUAGCAGUGUGACAUUCUCUGAGGCCAUCAGGGAUGGGUGUGUUAACACCCAGCUAUAGCUCUAGGGAUUGAAAUCAGGGUCUGCCAACUGAUACAAUGUAAGAUUUCUGAUACAGAGAGCUCCUGCUAGGCCACCCUAAAUCCAAGGCGCAUUAGCCAGCUUUUCAUUUGCUUAAAAAAUAAUAUGAGGCAGAUGUUUAUCCAGGUUGUGGGUCAGCCGUGCUGCUUCAUCCUAUAUUUGGCCAUGUGACCAUUCCACUGCUUCUUGACACCUCCACCAGGAGGAGGGAUGUGACAAGGAGGAAAGGUGAGCAUUGGCGAACAGCAAUGUCUCAGGGUCCAAAGCAAGCUUAAAUGCCACCAAGAAGCAUCCAGAGUCCGAAUCUCCUCUAUAAUAUUUACCUUCUGCCAAAACAGGGAACUGGCAGUCUGCUGCUGAAGACAAGUAAAGAAGUAACUAUGGACGAUAUAGUGUGACAAGAAUGACAAAACUAGUAUGUGGAAAUGCUGUGGAAACAUAAGGAAAAGUAACUAACUAGAGCUGAGAAAGUAGCAGAGGAAAUUUCACAGGCAAAGUCACAAUCACGGAAGAAGACUGUGGUAUGUUUGGGUAACUGCGAGUAGUUCACUUAACGGGAGAGUAAAGGGCUCCAAGGAAUGGCAGGGAGUGGCAGGGAACUGGGCUAGAGAAACAUACAGGUACUGAAAGAGGACUUGGAGUUUUAUUCGGGAGGUGAAAGGAAGUCAUUAAAGUAUUUUAAGCAGGGAAUCUUCGUGAUCAUAUUGGUAUUUUAGAAAGAGCACUUUCACAGUCACAAUGUGAAGGGUAGAUUGGAAAGUGGCAAGACGGGGGAAGAGGCAAUGAGGGGAAGGAGGAGUCAGGAAUGACUCCAAGGUUUUGAGUUUGGCUAGAACUAGUGGGAUGGUGAUAUUGUUGAUCAAGACUGGGAAUACAGGAGAGAAGCAGGAUUGGAGAGGAAGAUGCUGAAAUCAAUUUUGGACGUUUUAGGCUUGUGAUUUCUGUUGGUCAGACAUUGAUGUGGAGAUGUAAAUAUAAGUUGGGUUGGGAAGAAGGAAAUCUGAGAACAAAAGUAACAUUUGCUUACGUGAACUCUAAGAAAUUCUAAGCUACUUAAUCUUGGGAAUCUGAGCCUGUGAUGUAAACACAUCACACCAAUUUAGUCUCUCAGAUAGUGAUUUUCUCUUGGCUUGUAGUGAAAAGGACUGCUGCUGCCCUUUGAAGUUUCCUUCCCAGACACCUUCCAACUCUUAUCAACAGAGGAGAGGGGGGCUGACCGCUACUAACAAGGGAUAAAAGAUAUGCUACAGAUCUGUGGAAAAUAUAAAAACAAUGGCUCUGUCUCCUCCCAACCCCUUUCCUUACCAAAUUCGCUUUUCAAAACUAACCUUCGAAAAGAAAUAAACAAAAUGCUGUUAGACAAUAACUUCAAAACCAUUUAAAAAUUAUCUCAAGUAAUCAAACUUCAAGAUUCAGUAGUAAAGGAUAAUAGAACAUUACAUCUGGAAAGGAUAUUAGAGAGUGUUUAGCAAAAACAACCUGCAUUGCAUCUGACUCCAGGUCCAGUGCUCUUUCUACUCCGAGCUGCUGCUUACCAGGAAAUACCAUCUUUUUAAAAAUCAAUGAAUGAUAUCCCAAACAUUUUGAAACAUAUGUUAAAUUGAGUUAGAAUAGUUAACAUUUCACAGGAAUUCAACUACUGGUGCUAUAUUUCAUACAUAAUAUAUUAUCCUGUUAAAUACAUUGACUAUUAACUAGACAAGGAAUUAUGAAUCUUUUGCCAUACUGUAUUUCUCAUUCAAUGGAAUCCAUCAUGUCCACAGUUUCAAAGCAGCAUUGAAUAGUACUAGGAUAGUUUGGGUUGUCAGCUGGGACAUGAAAAAAAAUAGCUUUAUUAUACAGAACUGAGUAUUAUAAUAUAUUCAUUAAAAUUGAAUUCUAACAGUUCAAUAUACUUCUGGUGGAUUAAUUUAAGUAGUCCCCCAUAUUGUGCUGUACCAGGAUUUGACAUGUAUACCAUCUGUUGCAAUGUGUUUGGUUUGACUUCAUUGUCAAAGAGAAAUACUACUUCCAAAUGCCUUCCUAGUUUUGUCCAUGCUAGGUCUAUGAUUUUUUACCUCUCACACCUCUGAAAUCAUUAUCCUAAAAUAAUCUUUCUUAGGCAUCUAUUUGUUGGGAAUCUUCAUGUAGAAAACAUUAAUAUUGUCUUGGGGAAUUUAUUGUCAACAACAAUAAAUUAAAAUACAAAAGAAGUGUAUGAUUUCCUCUUUCUAGACUGUACCACUGAUUUUCCCACAGAUAUAUUGGGCAGCCAUGAGGGUGGAAAACUUGCCAAUUGACAGCCUAUAAGUUCAAGACUUUUUUUCUUCUUCUCCCCCUGCCACCUUCUUUUGACUCUUGGGGUUUACCCAUAGAAGGAUGAAACUAAAAGUUGUUUCAUUUCCAAGU